AUGAAGGAUCGCAAUGAAUGGAAAGUUUUUGCUGCAGGUAAAUCAAGGUCACUGAGGUUACAAGGACCAUCGAAUGGAACAGGGCGUAUUGAAGUACUCCACAACGGACAAUGGGGAGCAAUUUGUGAUGAUGGUUGGCAUAUAAAUAAUUCUAGAGUUGCAUGCCGUCAACUUGGUUAUCCAGAUGCGGUGGGAGCUAUUCCUGGUGGCCAGGUUCCAUAUGGAGCUGUUAUAUGGUUAUCUCAAGUCGCGUGUACUGGGACAGAGAGUAGUUUGACCGAUUGUUCCCAUGAAGGAUGGGGUAGCGGAAAUACCUCUUGCAGUAAUUUAAAAGUCGCCAUGGUGGAAUGUCAAACAACAGCUAUGACUGCUUCCCUGAGGUUAAAAGGACCUUUGAGUGAAAAUGGGACCGGUCGUGUUGAGGUCUUUUACAACGGAACCUGGGGAACGAUUUGUGAUGACGGUUGGGAUAUAAAUGAUGCCAGGGUUGCAUGUCGUCAACUUGGUUAUGAAGAGGCUGUUAGACCUCUUAAUGCGAAUGCUUGGCAGGUUCCUUCUGGAUCUGGAAAUAUUUGGUUAGGUCACGUCGAUUGUACCGGAAAAGAAGAAAGUUUGGCGAACUGUUCCCAUGCGGGAUGGGAUCACAAUGUUUAUUGCAAUCACUUAGAAGAUGCUGGUGUAGAAUGUAGAACAGUCUCCUGUCCGAACAUGGAAGAUGGCUCACACGAGGCGUAUGGAGUUUUCCGGUGGCCAGAAACUUCAGUUGGAAGUUUUGCUACACUUGCUUGUCCGAACAACCGCAAGUCCUUCGCAACUCGUAAAUGUUUGCACACAAACCAAACAGAAAAUGGGUGUGCCUGGGGCCAGGUCAUGGCGGACCAAUGCAAAUUUCGAGAGAAACGAAGCAAAGAUCUUUUUCUUUUGGCGCAGGAAGACGUUGAUACAGCUAAUGUGUUGAAAGUCUCUCGAGAUUUGAAAAAUCUGUCUGAUCAUAAUCCAAGGACUUCAGCUGGGGACAUUAAUAAUAUUGCCACAAUAUUAGAAAAAAUUGCCGCGGUGAAGGAAAAAAUGAACGAGACCUUUGAGGAUUCGCUCACCACAAUAGACAAUGUCCUGGAUGCAAGUGUGGAAGAAAUCUCAAAAAGCCAACAAAAAAACACUUCCUCAAGGAUUGUUGAAACAUUAAAUAAUAUCGCAAAAGAAAUACCUAUUGGUCCGGGCCGAAAAUUUGAAAAAAUUAAAAGAAACUAUGGUCUUAAUCUGCAAGAGAUACAACCAAAAGACUUUACGGGGCUUACAUUUUCAGGAGUGGUAAAGAGGCCAGGAGAGGCACACCCGAAGAAUACGAGCAUUUCAACAAAUUUUAGUGAUUUCGUUUCUUCCAUCACGUCAGCUUCACUUAUUAUUCCACGAACAUUAUUUAAAGAGGCAAACGUUACAAAGAAUUUCAUAAAACAGAGAGUCAUUUUUUUCCUUUUUAUUGAGACAAAAUUUUUUAGAACAAUUUCUUCAGAUACCAAGGAAACUCAAAGUAGCUUGGAUAGCUUUGUAAUCGCUGGAAGCAUUAAGGGGACACCGGUCGCAAAUUUAAAGGAGCCAGUUAAGCUCGUUUUCCCAAGUAUUUCUCAGAAAACUGGAAAUAAAAAGAGUGCUUUGUGUUCCUUUUGGGACUUUAGUCUGGAAAAUUGGUCACAGGAAGGCUGUUGGCUUGAACGAGUUUUGGAUAAAGGAAGAGUUCUUUGCAACUGUAAUCAUAUGACCAACUUUGCAGUGCUAAUGGACAUGACGGCAACCACGAAUACCCCGACACACCAUAAGAUACUUGGUGUAGUCAGUUACGUUGGGUGCGCUCUAUCAUUGGUUGGACUAAUUAUAACGAUAAUCGCGACACUAAGAGCAAGAGAGCGCAGGAAAAAGGUCCCAAACAAGAUUUUGUUGAACUUCUGCAUCGCCUUGACACUAAUGAUAUUCGUAUUUAUGGUUGCGGCGGAGAAGGCCAAAUCCACGUUGUACGGCUGUCGGGCAGCGGCAAUUGCCUUGCAUUACUUCUUGUUAGCUACAUUCUUGUGGAUGGGGGUAGAAGCGUUGAAUAUGUAUCUGGCAUUUGUGAAAAUAUUCCCUUCUUCUUCCCAAUCCAAGUUCAUGCUAAGAUAUUGUCUGUUUGCAUGGGGCACACCUGUUGUGAUCGUAGCAAUCACAACGAUAGUUGCAUUUGAUAAAUAUGGCGACACGAAAUCUUGUUGUCGACUGCUGGGCGUACCAUUCAUCGUGGCGUUCGUCACUCCAGCUGUCGUCGUAUUCGUCGGGAACAUCGUGGCCUUCUGUGCAAUCAUACGAUCGAUCCUAGGUUCGUUCAACCACAAAACAACGGGUUACCACAAGGCUCGUCGGGGCAUUGCAAUUACGGUUCUCCUUGGAUUGACCUGGCCUUUUGGUUUUCUGGCGAUUGGCGACUUCAAACUAGCAUUCCAGUAUCUCUUCUGCAUUUUAAAUACAUUACAAGGACUGUUUAUUUUUGUCUUUUUCAUCUUGUUGCCCUUUGGAACUAACGGUAAACUGAGAAUCACGCCAAAAAAUACCAACACCCAACGAAGUGAUACUCAAAUCAAAUUGUUGGUGAGGAAACAAAAGCCACCAACCGCCGGAACGGAUAAUUCUUACGAAGAAAAACAUAAAAACUGAGAAAUCCAUAUGGAACCGACAAGUAUAUUUCGUUCUUGAACUCCUUUACA